AUGAACGUGUCCAACAACUGCAGUGUCGCAAAUCUAGAACUGUACCAUCCUGUUCGUCUUAUUGAAUUUGCUCUGUAUAACCUCAUUUUCUUUUUUGGAGUACUAUUUAAUAGCCUUGCCCUCUGGGUGUUCUUCUGCAAGAUGAAGAAGUGGACAGAAACCAGGGUGUAUGUAAUCAAUUUAGUCUUUGCAGACUGCUUCGUCAUCUGCAUCUUGCCUGCCAUGGCUUAUUUGCUCUGGAACAAGUCAACCCGAGAUGAACUCUGCCAGUUUAUAGAGACAAUGUAUUUUAUCAACAUGGUAGCGAGCAUUUACAUAAUUUCAUUUAUCUCUAUCAAUCGAUACAUUGCCAUAAAGCACCCCUUGAGAGCCAGGACUUUCAGGUCUCCACCAAAAGCUGCUCUUCUCUGUGGGCUUCUGUGGGUCUCCGUGAUAAUCGGUGCCACCUCACAGCUUUGGCAGAGACAGGCUGCUCUCUGCUUUCAGAAGGAUACCACCACGCCCACUACACUGAGCCUGCUUUCCAUUUUCUUUGUUUUUACUCUUCCAUUAGCGACCUUGACAUUUUGCUCCACAGAAGUAAUCAGAAACCUUAAGGGACAUCUGAACACAAAUUCAUCAGAAGAGAAAUUAAUCCAGAAAGCUGUUCGCAUUAUUUAUGCAAAUCUGAUUGUAUUUCUAAUAUGUUUUCUGCCAGCCUACCUUGGGAUACUUGCCAGCUUCAUAAUGGAGAGAGCUGGAGCUACCUGUUUCUUGAUCCAGGUUAUGAAGAACUUCUCCUCUGUGACAAGGUGUAUUGCCACAUCCAACUGCUGCCUGGAUAGCGUCUGCUACUACUUUGUGACUGAGGAGUUCAAAGCAGCCUUUUUGCUGCCCAAACCCAGCACUGAAGAAACAGAUCACCACUUGCUAAAUGGGGAGGGGGCAGGGGGAACAAAAUCCACCAAAUCAAAAACCCUCACAACAACUCUGUAA